AUGCAAUCUAUAAAGAUUACCAACCCAAACGUAUUUACACCACCUGAUACUGACUCUGAUAUUGACUAUGAUUCAAUUGAUCUGUCAGAUGUGUUCAAGCCAACAAAAUAUGUUUAUACUUAUAAACAUAAAAUGAACCUUAUCAAGCUAGGCUGUGCUCUUGGUUCAAGGGACGACUAUAAAUUAAAGUUUAAGAGAUACUCUAGAGCAACUGACGAACAGUACGUAUCAAGAUACAAGGAACACUUGCAAAAAUUACAAGAACAACGGCAGAGAUACUUGGAGGAAGAAAAUAAAAGACGCGAACAAGCGCGUAAGGAAGCAGGAGAAAUAUUGGCCAGUUUAAAGAAAACAACACUUGAAGACGACGACGAUGAUGACGAUGAAGCAUUUGAAGAGGAACUAAGACGGCAAAAUGAAUUGAUUGAAGCUGCUAUUAAAUAUGAUAAAGAACGAACAGAAUCAGAAUUAGCCGCUGAAAAGGAACGUGAAGAGAAAGAAAAGAAGCAAAAGGAAGAGGAAGAAAAGAAACGAAAGGCAGAAGCAGAAAAGAAGGAGAAGGAAUUAAAGCUGCAACGUUCUUCUGCUACAUCACCAGAAGGUUUAGAAGAAUAUAAAAAACACUAUGCCAAAAUUGAAUACUUCAAGGCUACCCUCAAACCUAAAUUGGCCAAUGAUCCAACCUUUAGAAAGCAAAUUUUUGAGGCACGCAGAUUAGUCAAGCGUACAGUAGCCCAGUUACAAUACAAGCAUAAUGUUAUUUUUGAAAAGUACACAGUCAUGUACAACCAUCUCACAAGUAUCAAGGCACAAUCACAAGAAGCAUUUGAAGUGCUCCUUAACUUUCUUGCAAAGGCUUUUUUAGCUCAAGUGAAGCAAGAAGUCCAUGCAACACCAUUUGCCGCGUAUUUUUUAGCCCGUUUUGCCUAUUUACUAAUUAGCACUAUUCCAGAGUUUUUAGACUAUCUCAUGGGACGUCUUUACAAACGAUGUCCGUACCUCAUUCCUCAGUACCACGAUGAUGAUCCAACACUCACAGUUGACGAAAUAAAACGCAGACUACGAUAUGAUUAUACUAGCAAAGAAGACAAGACCUUUCAAACGUUUUUACAGCACUCUGAACAACAAAAAUGCUAUGUUAUGUUUUAUGGUGCUCUCUGUCAAACGAAACCUGAUCCUGGUCAACCCGAGAACCCAUAUCCUAUCAAGCACGCAUGGGUCUGGUUAGCACGUAUAUGUAACAUGCCUCCACGAGAGAUCACACCCAUUCUAGUCCUUGGUCUACUUGAAGUUUCUGCCGAACGACUGCUAGAGGCUUAUCCAACACAAACACCCAAACUAUUCCGCUUAAUCCGUGAAAAAAUUUUACCUAUGUAUCCUAAAUGUGAUAAUAACGACAAUGUGGGCGGCAUGACUCGUUUAGAAAUGCUUUUGGACGACUACUUUAAGACUGGCCAAGUGAAAUGUAUAUCGGAAUCGCUCCCUGCACAGAUAUAA